AUGCUACUUCCGGACAACAUCGCUGCAGUACUCGGAGGUGCGUGGCAAUUUCUCAACCAGACAUCGAAAUAUCUAAAUGGUACUGAUCGUGUCACGGGCGGUCUCGGAAACCAUCCUGUGGGGAUUCUCAUCUAUCACCCUCUUGGCUAUGUCUCCGUAAAUCUGUGGUCCACUGAUCCCGGCGCCAUCCCCGCUCCCGCCGAUGAAUACAAUGACGCCGAGUGGGCACUUAUUGGACAUCAUACGCUAUCUUAUGCAGGGCCUCUGCAGGUAUGGGAGGGAAGCAAUGAGACAAGAGGGACACUCACCCAUGGGCCUUUGGUGAUGUCAUCAUAUCCGAAGUGGGUAGUGACAGAUCAGACCAGAAAUUAUACUGUAUCGGCAAAGGCGUAUGAAGGAAGGGAUGUGUUGUUGUUAUGGGCGCAGAACAUCGAAAAGGAUUCGUUGUCGAGGUUGCAUUGGGCAAGAGCUGCAGAAAAUGGAUCAAGCUGGGCGACAUGA